AUGGCAAAUGUACUGGGCAUGUAUAGUGUGAACAACACGAACAGUAUUGAAGGUGUUGACUAUCCCGGCAUAUCAGGCUGGCCGAAAGGAUAUGUGCCAAUUCCCGUGCACACAGUGCAUCGCCCUGAUUAUAUGGCAAAGGAAUUAGAAGAAGUCAAAACGUAUCUCAGCCAAGACAGAGUGAGUCGAAAAAAAUUAGAGCCUACCUUAGAUGGAGUGCAUUAG